GAGUGCUUCUCAUGUUGAGACACCUCCUUGUCUUUGUUACUUUCAGUUGGCAGAUAUAAGCUUUUCCUCCAAUACGGCUUAACAGUCAGCAGAAUACAUUGAAAGAUGCCGGACUGGGAUUUAUUGGGAAACUACAAGAUACAUUUUCUAUAACUCAUACUUUUAAUCGUCCACCAUCUGUAACAGGGUUCGCUUAGCCAUUGUGAUGAUGGAAUCCGAACAACUCUCCCUGCUGUCCUCCUUGAAAGGAGCGUUGCAGUCUGAGGAUUACAUUCAUCCCCACUAUAAGGAGGCUUAUCGCCUUGCUAUCGAUUCCCUGGUGAAUGGUGGCAGAGAGAGCUACCAGGAGUUCCUCAAGGCCGAGCGGAUAGGGAGCUUUCUCUCAGAAGAUGAACUCCACUUCAUCACUACAAAUGCCUCACACCCAUUGCCUAGCAGCCACACAGAAGAAAUCAAUGGACCAGCACUGGACACUCCGGCCAGCAAGUCCUCAACUGGGACGUACUGGCCUGUGCACUCAGACAUAGUAACACCCGACCUGGAGUUAGGAUGGCCGAUGGUCAUGCAUGAUAAACUCCAAACCAAUAUAGAUCUGCUUUUCCAUCCACCCAGACUAAACAGCCCCACCAUUAAAGAGGUGAUCCGUAAACAGAUUCAGGGUGCCAGACAGGUUAUUGCAAUUGUAAUGGACAUUUUUACAGAUGUGGAUAUAUUCAAAGAAGCAGUUGAUGCCUCCAUCAGAGGAACUCCAGUUUAUGUGCUUCUGGAUGAAUUUCAUCUGCAAAGCUUUCUCUCAAUGGCUGAGAAUCAAGACAUCCAAAUCCCAAAACUUAGGAACAUGAGAGUACGCACAGUGAAGGGGCAGGAUUACAUCUGUCGUUCAGGAGCUACAUUUCAUGGAGCAAUGGAGCAGAGGUUUCUAUUGGUGGACUGCCAAACAGUGGUGUACGGAUCAUACAGCUUCAUGUGGUCCUAUGAGAAAAUCAACCUGAGUAUGGUGCAGGUCAUAACAGGCCAGCUGGUGGAGUCCUAUGACGAGGAGUUUCGAACGCUCUUCGCUCGCUCCUCCAUGCCAGCAGUUCUCGCCCCUCCCGAGGGUGUGCUACUAGAAAGGAAUGGAAGGCAUGCUCUGGCAAAGUAUGCUUCUCAAUCCAGCCAAGCCUUUGAGAGGAAGGACCAGUUGAGACAUACCCUGGACACAGUGUAUAGGAAAGCCUGUGAGAGACAGAUGGGCAUGACGAGCCCUAUCAGAGAGAUGGAGGAGAGACUUUAUGAGGAGGAGCCAUUUCAACACAGACCCAUGGUCAAUCAUGGUGUGAGUGUUCAAAAACACAUCCAUCAGUUCCAGUCUGCAGAGACUGCAAACUUCCUGAAAAGACACAGUUAUGCUGGGGAGAGACAAGAAGUCUUGCAUGUUCCACACAACACAAGGUAUGGGGCAAGCAACUGGAAUGUGGCUGGAGAUGAAGGUUAUCACUGCGCCCCGGGAAGAAACCACUUUUCCAAUGCUAUGGAUGACAAUUCUCAGGGGGCACAGAUGUACAGAGGUCACAAUAUUCGGCAGUCCUACCACGGAAAUGACAAACACGCCCGCUCCAUGCAGCAGAACAUACCGACUUUGGAGCACACGGCUAAGUCCUUCUUGCGCACAUAUAGGAUAGAGUCUUACCUCAAUAACACUGACACUCCUAUUGGGGAAUCAUGUGAUUAUCUGGACCAGUAUGAAGCUCUGGAAAACAAAGCUAGCUCAUUCAUUCCCUCCAGAGUUAGGUCAUCCCUUGUUUUCAAGUCCACUAUUCCAGAGCAACCGGAGACAAACAGUUACUCAAAAAACUCUUCCAUACGUCAGGUCGAUCCCUCUGCAAGGCAAAACAAUGCACCGUAUUACUCAUCAAUGCAACGGAAUCCAGCAACAUCAAUGGAAAACAGAAUGAGACAGGAUGAGUUUAUAAUGAAGAAGCAAAGUCUGCAAAUUUUGGAUGAUCCCAGGAAUAACAUUGGCUAUGGAAGAGACCCACAUCAGUCUGUCUAUGCCAGCCUGGGCAGAACCAAAGGGGGACUGGUAAUCAAAAACCCUGAGCUCCUCCAAGACAACUGGCACAAAAGGCACAGUGUGGCAGACCCAAAGUCCAACAUAGACUACAGAGACAAUAAAGAGUCCUCCAGUCACAUGUAUGGUGGAGCCUUUGUGAGGAAACAGGCAGAUGGUGGUGGAAUAAGAGUGGGUGCACAGAAUGGUGGAUAUUCUUCAAAUCUGAAUGAGGAUCAGAGAUCUGUCUCUCAAUAUGAUGUCAAAAACACAGUGGACAUAAAGAGACCCCCUCUUUCCAUUUGGAAAGAGCCUCCCUCCAGAACUGUGUCUGCAGCAGCCCUUGAUAUGAACAGCAAAGAGCCCACUUACAAGUCCACCAGUACAGCACUGGGCUCACCUCGUUUCCUCAAGAAGAGCUCCAAGAAAAUCAGAUCAUUGCUCAACAUACCAGAGAAAAAAGAGGGUUCCCCUCUAACCAAGGAAAAUGUCAUUCCAAAAGGGGGUGGUAGCUCAGACACCAUAGUGACUGAGGAAGAAGAACAAAGACCAAACAGAGAGAGGAAGGUUGCAUCGCAGAGUGGCACCGCAAAUCCAAGCAGAUCCCCUACCAGGAUAAAGAUGGACAAGAACCACUUUGCAGAUGAUAUAGGUAAAUCAUCAGCCCCUCGUUUCAGCACUGACGAGCUGCAGCAAAACCCUCCUGCCAGAGCUACAUCCAUUAGGACACAGGGGCAGCCUACUGCCAUUGAAGAAAGACAUGAAAGGGCAAGCCUUGCAUCAGGAAACUGGCGUAGCGAUCAGGGGGGCAGUAGUCGUUUGUAUAGCAGAUUUGAGCCUUUCUGCUCAUUUGAGAAGAAGCAACCCCACUCUUUACAAUCUGCAACAGACCCUGCACCCAUACAUGCACCAGAGAAGACCAAGAGCAUGCACUCUGCUAAAAGUAACUCCAACAAUGAACAACACAACCACACUGGCCAGCAGACAACUAGCCACCAUGAAAACAAACUGGGGAAAUUUAUACAAAGAGUAGGGAAUUUCAUUCACAAAAAUAAGUAGUAGAAAAGAAAGUUAGCAUAGUGAACCAAGCCUACUGGUUGAAUGAUGACAUUCAAAAAAGCAAUCAAAUUGUUGACAGAUUGGAAACAGUGUACUGCACCAUUAAACUUGAAAACUGUUCACAUGAAUAGCUGACAUCCUUUCAGGUCUAUUUAGAGCAAUGGAAAACUGAUAAAUAUCAAUGUUUUGAUUAUUAGUAACACUUUCUACGAGGCACAAACAUACAAGCAGGGUCCGGGACAAGGUAUCACGGACAGUGAACUCAAGUCAGAGGACCACAUCUGAAGUCAGACCAGCAGAACUGGGUCAGCAGCACAGUCAGGUGAACAGGGGACAGGGACAGCCAGGUAUCGUCAGACCAGGUAUAUAUAUAUAGAGGGGCAAAAAAGUAUUUAGUCAGCCACCAAUUGUGCAAGUUCUCCCACUUAAAAAGAUGAGAGAGGCCUGUAAUUUUCAUCAUAGGUACACUUCAACUAUGACAGACAAGAUGAGAAAAAAAGUUACAGGAAAUCACAUUGUAGGAUUUUUAAUGAAUUUAUUUGCAAAUUAUGGUAGAAAAUAAGUAUUUGGUCAAUAACAAAAGUGUAUCUCAAUACUUUGUUAUAUACCCUUUGUUGGCAAUGACAGAGGUCAAAAGUCUUCACAAGGUUUUCACACACUGUUGCUGGUAUUUUGGCCCAUUCCUCCAUGCAGAUCUCCUUUAGAGCAGUGAUGUUUUGGGGCUGUUGCUGGGCAACACGGCGACUUUCAACUCGCUCCAAAAAUGUUCUAUAGGGUUGAGAUCUGGAGACUGGCUAGGCCACUCCAGGACCUUGAAAUGCUUCUUACGAAGCCACUCCUUCGUUGCCCGGGCGGUGUGUUUGGGAUCAUUGUCAUGCUGAAAGACCCAGCCACGUUUCAUCUUCAAUGCCCUUGCUGAUGGAAGGAGGUUUUCACUCAAAAUCUCACGAUACAUGGCCCCAUUCAUUCUUUCCUUUACACGGAUCAGUCGUCCUGGUCCCUUUGCAGAAAAACAGUCCCAAAGUAUGAUGUUUCCACCCCCAUGCUUCACAGUAGGUAUGGUGUUCUUUGGAUGCAACUCAGAAUUCUUUGUCCUCCAAACACGACGAGUUGAGUUUUUACCAAAAAGUUAUAUUUUGGUUUCAUCUGACCAUAUGACAUUCUCCCAAUCUUCUUCUGGAUCAUCCAAAAUGCUCUCUAGCAAACUUCAGACGGGCCUGGACAUGUACUGGCUUAAGCAGGGGGACACGUCUGGCACUAAAGGAUUUGAGUUCCUGGCGGCGUAGUGUGUUACUGAUGGUAGGCUUUGUUACUUUGGUCCCAGCUAUCUGCAUGUCAUACACUAGGUCCCCCCGUGUGGUUCUGGGAUAUUUGCUCACCGUUCUUGUGAUCAUUUUGACCCCACGGGGUGAGAUCUUGCGUGGAGCCCCAGAUUGAGGGAGAUUAUCAGUGGUCUUGUAUGUCUUCCAUUUCCUAAUAAUUGCUCCCACAGUUGAUUUCUUCAAACCAAGCUGCUUACCUAUUGCAGAUUCAGUCUUCCCAGCCUGGUGCAGGUCUACAAUAUUGUUUCUGGUGUCCUUUGACAGCUCUUUGGUCUUGGCCAUAGUGGAGUUUGGAGUGUGACUGUUUGAGGUUGUGGACAGGUGUCUUUUAUACUGAUAACAAGUUCAAACAGGUGCCAUUAAUACAGGUAACGAGUGGAGGACAGAGGAGCCUCUUAAAGAAGAAGUUACAGGUCUGUGAGAGCCAGAAAUCUUGCUUGUUUGUAGGUGACCAAAUACUUAUUUUCCACCAUAAUUUGCAAAUAUAUUCAUUAAAAAUCCUACAAUGUGAUUUUCUGGAUUUUUUUUCUCAUUUUGUCUGUCACAGUUGAAGUGUACCUAUAAUGAAAAUUACAGGCAUUUACAGGCCUCUCAUCUUUUUAAGUGGGAGAACUUGCACAAUUGGUGGCUGACUAAAUACUUUUUGCCUCACUGUAUAUAUAUUUUAUGACGUGGAUCAACUUUGAUUCAACCAGUUUUCAGUCUAAGACGAAAAGAGAAAAGCUAAAAGAGUGUGUGUGUGUGUGUGCGUGAGCGUAUGUGUGUGUGUGUGUGUACACUGCAGUGAGGAAAACACUGAACAGAAUUUGUUAAAUCUUAUUUGCUCCUGGAGGCCAUAAUCUGUUACAUCAAAUGGAUGAGCCUCAUAGAAAGUGUUAUCAGAUAUUUAUUUUUUCAAACCUAAAACUAGAUCAGCUACUCGAAGGCUGUGAUGAGAGACUAAAAGUUAACUGUGUUAGAUAGGAUCGAUUCAUUUAUUAGGAUUUAUGGUACAGUAGCUUAAUUUCCAUAUGAAACACAUUAACUGUCAUCAUUCAAUUUUAAAAGAUCACAAUAAAGCUGUGAUCACAGACAGUGGAAAAUAUUUUGUCACAAUAUUAGAUAAACAUAUCCAGGAUCUACAGUGUGUACAUGUACAUGAUUGGGUGAAUGAGUUCAUUUUUUUAACCUUUAUUUAACUAUUUUGAUGACUAGCUUUCUUGUUAAAUGCUUUGGCAAAAUAUGCUUGAAAAUAAAGUUAUAUUUUGUUCUAC